CUAAUCAGCUGCGAACUCCACCGGAAUCGUCGCUUCUGCAGUGUUUCGAGAGAGAUUAGUGGAGCAGCUAUCAAUUCCUAGGGGAGAGUGUGAGAGAGAGAAGCAAUGCGUGUCUUCCCUUUUGAUUGGGCGACCCCAAUUUCCAGAGCUCUGAGAAGGACGGGUUGGAGCAGGUGGACCAACUUUAAAAGAAGGGGGUGCUCACAACCCUCGCUUCGAGAAAUCUUUCACUCUCCUUUUCGCAAAAUCGCCCCCUCCCUCUCUUCUUCUCCUCCUCUCUUCAUCUUUUCCUCUGCUCUAUCAGCGCACAGCCUCUCGACCUCAAACUCGCCGGCUGCAAUGGCGUCGACCGUCGUACCUGACCAGUUCCAGCGUGUCCUCGUCAUGCGCCACGGCCACCGCAGCGACAUGGGCCCGGGGGUCGACCGGUCGUGGUGGACCACGGUGCCCAGGCCAUGGGACGCCCCUUUGUCCGACGAGGGCCGGAACAAAGCGCUGGAGACCGGCAAGAAUUUCCGGGCUAAGCUCGAGUUCCCGAUCCACCGGGUCGUCACGUCGCCCUUCCUACGGUGCGUCGAGACCGCACGGGCACUGAUCGCCGGUCUCUCCACGGCGGACGACGGCGAUUCUGCUGACUCAUCAUCAUCGAGAAUCAAGGUAUCUAUAGAGUAUGGAAUGUGCGAGAUCCUAAACGACAUCUCGUUGUGGCAUCACCCGACGGACCACGAUUCAUGGGGAUUCGACAUCAAAGAGCUCGAGGCUUCAUUUCCACCGGGCGUCGCAGACCCUGCACCGCACCGGGUGUACAAGGAGAUGCCACAAUGGGGAGAGAGCGAAUCCGGGGCAAGAGAUCGAUACCUCCACACCAUUCACUCCGUCGUCGAUAGAUACCCUCAAGAAAAUUUGCUGUUCGUCACUCAUGGGGAAGGAGUGAAGGUCAUGGCCUCGACAUAUUGGAAGGACGCAAGAGGGCAUGAACUAAGGCCGGACUAUUUUGGGUACGCGCAUCUCAAAAGGCAACUCGUUCGAAAUGGCAACUUGUUCAACGCUAGUAAAUUUAGGAUCACCACAAAACCUGAUGAAACCGGCAUCGAGCUCAAGCCGCUGCAACAAGCAUGAACUAGAGUUUGCACUUGCUGUAUUUUACAGAGCAUUGGGAGGGUUUGAGUUGCUUUUCUAUGCUGGUUUUGUGAUAUGUGGGUUGUGUUGGAUCAUUUUGAUGUUAUAACAGUUUAUGUUGUUCGUCCUCUCUUGACCGUGACCCGUUUAAUGCCGCUAACUUGGGAAU